ACGUCACCGCGGGCUUUAAGGGCGCGUCCCCGGGGCCGCGGGGCAGUGCGGGCGCCGGGAGCGGGCGGGCAGUCGGCGUGGCAGUUCGGUGGCCGCCCCGGAGGGUCGCCGCGGAGAGCCGUGGACGGAGAUAGCCCAGCUGCGGCCUCCGGAGCCUGCGAUUGCAAGGCCAUCACCCCUGCGCCUCUCCCUUGAGCCCCAAACCCACCCCUCCGCUGGAGCUCGCCAUGGGGAACCACCUGACGGAGAUGGCGCCCACCCCCUCCUUCCUGCCCCAUUUCCAGGCCUUGCACGUCGUGGUCAUCGGGCUGGACUCGGCUGGAAAGACCUCCCUCCUCUACCGGCUCAAGUUCAAGGAGUUUGUCCAGAGCGUCCCCACCAAAGGCUUCAACACGGAGAAGAUCCGGGUGGCCCUGGGAGGGUCUCGGGGCAUCACCUUCCAGGUGUGGGACGUGGGCGGGCAGGAGAAGCUGCGGCCGCUCUGGCGCUCCUACACCCGCCGCACCGACGGGCUGGUGUUCGUGGUGGACGCCGCCGAGGCCGAGCGGCUGGAGGAGGCGAAGGUGGAGCUGCACCGCAUCAGCCGGGCCUCUGACAACCAGGGCGUGCCUGUGCUGGUGCUGGCCAACAAGCAGGACCAGCCCGGGGCGCUGAGCUCUGCCGAGGUGGAGAAGAGGCUGGCGGUGCGCGAGCUGGCCGCCGCCACGCUCACCCACGUGCAGGCCUGCAGCGCCGUGGACGGGGUGGGCCUGCAGCCCGGCCUGGAGCGCCUUUACGAGAUGAUCCUCAAGAGGAAGAAAGCGGCCCGGGGAAGCAAGAAGAGACGGUGACCCCAGGCCGCCCCCUCCUCCCCAGGAGGAGUCUUUACACUCGGACAGCAGGACAGAGCUUGUGGCCCCUCACCCAGCCCCAGGGUGCAGGCCCCGCCCCCUAAAUGAAGGACUGAGGCGCACCCGCCCCGCACCGGGCUGGGCUGGGCGUCCUGCCGUGGGGAGGGGAUGUGAGAUGGUUGUCUGCUCACGUCUCCCCCAGCCUCCCCUCCAGAGAUGUGGGGGCUGCAGAGCUGAGGAGGCUUCAGUACAGACUGCAAAUCUACCUCGACCUCGUUUCUCGUUAUUCUCUGGCUUUUUAAUUAGAUGUGUGUUUGGGCAAAGGAAAGCCACCCGGAGGAGGCAUUUGGUAUGGGGUACUGUCUCCCCCUCCCCCAACUGGGAGUCCCCCCCACGCUGCGUUUCUAGGGACGCCACUCAUCAUGGUCUUGAUUUUUGUGUCUGUGUGGAAGUGCCAAGAUCCUCUCCCCGCAUUUAUAGAUCCACUGCCAUUUUAUAAGCUACGUGUGCCCUCUGUAGUAACUAUUUUUUAGCAUUUGUAAGUUAUUAAAGACUGAUGAUACUGUACCUCUA